AUGCAGUUUCCUUAUGACGAUGGCCAAUCAUCGUUGAUGAUGCAAGUUUUGAAUUUUUGAACUGAACACCUAGCGUCAUUCUAAGUCUGACGAUUCUAGAGUGUGCAACGUUAACAUUUUCACCGUUUUACAAAAUGUCCGCGAUUUCUCGUACUGACAACCCCAUGGAACGAGGAGACAGCGAGAACCUUGCCAUCAUCCUUCAGGAUAUGGUUAGGAAGUUUGAGUCUCAAACCACAGAACUGCAGGCACUGAAGGCACAGCUCCAGGAGCAGGAACGCCGGCAGGCUAAUCAAGAACCGCCGCGGGACAUCCGAGAGGACAGCCCGUCGCCAGGGCACGCUCGCCAACGCCGCAGGGUUCGGAGGAAAUCCUCUAUUCCAUCCACUUGCAGGGAUGCCGUGCGCAAGGUGUACCGGGCGAUGGAAGAAGGCGAAGGAGACUUUCAGGGCUUUCGGCUUACUGAACGUAUGGACUCAGCAGCCAACCAGCACAUUGUGAAGAUCUUGAGAGACGAGGUGAUGAAAGAGCAUGGAGGGCCUGAGAAGUGUCCUUUUUCAUCAGCCGAACUGAAGGAUGCUGCCAAGAGGUACUAUAGAUCCAAGAGGGAUGACCAGGUGCGGGCCCAGAAGGGGACGUAUGCGGAGCACCGACACUCGGUCAAAAGAAACGGGAGGCAGCAACAGAAACUGGCGAGACGACGAAAGGCGUACAACCUGGCACGGGACAGCUGGUCAGAGAAGUCUAGGAGACGGGCGGAGGAGACUCUCCACAAAGACUUCAUGUCGUCGGAGUCUUCCGACAGUGAAGUGGAGGGGCCGAAAACCUUCAAGGUCAGAAAGCUGGCCUGGGAGUCAGGAAAGAUGACCAAAAUCAAGGAGUCGCUGGACGCUGUCGUGCCACUUCGGGGCUCUCCUCGAAUCCCUUCUCGUGAGCUUUCGGACAGAAAAGUACCAGAGGGGACCCCGGAGUGGGCGAUCAGCAAAAGGUAUCAGAACGGCAGAGCACCAGCAACUGACGUCAGCGAGCUGAGACUGGAGUUGGAUAGCGAGUAGGACGACAGACAAUUAGGAGCAGAUUUUGUUUGAUUAGUUUAGUGUAGCUGUUUUUUUCUCAAAGAGUUUUCAAAGUCAAGUUUGUAGCCACAGAAUAGUCGUUUGCAACAACCAAUUUGAGUAAUUAAUGUCAACAUUUGUUUGUCCUUUAUACUAUGUAAACACAAUUUACUACUAGUAAUUACAGCCCCUGUGAGUUAGUGUUUUUUACAUGUUCAACCGGUUUUUCCAGGUAUGUUUACUUGUUUAUUCUACCAGUUAAUCAACCCUUGUAAAACUGAAGAAGAGUGAUUAAUGUCACCCGAACCGCCUGUAAGUCGGAAAUAUCUCAUUGUUAUCGAAUUCAAUAUCGUUUUUUUGACAUUCAUAAAUGAGCUAUGUUUUUAAUCGGUUUAAGAUAAUCUGAUACAACAACAUGCUGGUUUUCAAUGUGAUUGCCUUGUGUAUAUGGAACUCUGAGAAUAGAAUAAAAAGAAUGUUGACUUGA